GGAGGAGCGUGUCAGUCCGAUCCGGGAGCAGCUCUUCCGGUCCUGGUUUUGCCGGCUGCUCCCGCUGCUGCUGGUUGGCUACAUUGUAUCAGUUCCCACACGAAGAACCAGCACGGCGCUCAUCCAGAAACGGUGAAUACGGAGGAAUUAACCUGGAUGGAAAGCUACUCGCUGUGGGAUUAAUCGCCAGUAAAAGGUCGCGGGAGACGGAGCGGACUUGUGUCGGGCGUGAAACGGCGCCGAUAAACAUGCGCUCGGGACUCGGCUGCUCUCGCUGUGGACGGUAUCUCGAAGUGUGAUGGCAGAAGUCCAGUGAAUCGCUGGCCUCCCCUCCUCUCUUGUGUUGGAUGUCUUGGGGAGUGCGCUGCCACUGCUUUCUGGUGCUUCGGAUUUUCUAAGAGCCUUUUUUAUUCCAAUUCACACACCGUUACUCUGAUUUAUUCCGUUUACUGGGCGCACGCCACCAUGGACAGACUACGGUUUGGAAUAGGAGUGUCUAGCUAAGUCGGACAAAAUGUGGUUAAAUGGGACAGGAACGAGUAGACGGUGAGGAUUCUCUAACCCUUGUCCCCGAGUCCCAGCCGUGUAAGAGGGUGUCGGACCUCACUGAGGCAAUCCUGGGCCGUUGGCACUAAAAUGUCCCUAAGUGGUGGCACUGCAGGCGGGAAAGGUGUGGACUCUAAUGCGGUGGACACUUAUGACAGCGGGGAUGAGUGGGAUAUCGGUGUUGGAAAUCUGAUUAUUGACCUUGACGCUGACUUAGAGAAGGACAAACUUGAGAUGUCUGGCACCAAGGACGGCAUGGCGGCACCACCCAGUGCAGUGGCAGCAUUGCCUGACAACAUCAGGUUUGUUAGUCCAGUGUCUGGCUCUCAAGGCAAGGAAAGCAAAUCCAAAUACAAGCGCAGUAAGAACUCUAAAGACAAUAGUAGCAAAGCUUCAGCUGGAGAUGGGGGUAAAAAAGAAACUACAGGACGGACUCAAGGGGAGCCAACAGGCACAGCAGCAAGUGCGGCAGCUGCUGGCAACAAUUCCACCUCUGGGAAGAACAUGGAAAAAGGGGGCAAAGCCUCCAGAGGUGUUCUCGGUGGUAAAAAAGAGAAAGAAGGGGCGAGUGGGAAAAGUAAGAAGGACAAAACAGAUGGCGCCCCAGUCGUGGCAAUAGGUGUCGCAGAGAAGGAUGUUGUGUCUCAAGCCCAAGUUGCUUUGGGGAAUAGUCGUAAUACGUCCUUUGAGAACACACAAUCAACAGACUUGGCUGAUGCCAAUCAAAUGGGGAAUAUUGCACUUGAACCUGUUGGGAUAGUACCAGCACUGACCACAAAAACUGAACCGGAGGACGUGGAGAAUGGUAAUAGUGAAUGCAAGACGUUAAAGAAGGUGAAAAAUGAAAAGAUGGAGUCUCCUGUCUCCACGCCAGCUCCUCCUCCCCUCCACCUCCUGGCCGCAGUAGGCAACAGUGAGAUUGCCUCGCCGUGCGAGCAGAUAAUGGUGCGCACGCGCUCGGUGGCGGUGAACACGUCCGAUGUGGCCCUGGCUACCGAACCCGAGUGCUUGGGGCCUUGCGAGCCCGGAACCAGUGUCAAUCUGGAAGGCAUUGUGUGGCAGGAAACUGAAGAUGGCAUGCUGGUGGUCAAUGUUACUUGGAGAAACAAGACAUAUGUGGGCACCCUGUUGGACUGUACACGGCAUGACUGGGCUCCCCCCAGGUUUUGUGAAUCCCCUACAAGCGAUCUGGAGAUGAGGAACGGUCGCGGCCGAGGUAAGCGAAUGCGGCCGAACAGCAACACCCCUAUCAACGAGAACAGCAACUCAUCAGACAACAAGGGCACCACCAACAACAAGACACGUGCCGCAUCUAACAGCAAAGGCCGGAGGGGCAGCCAGACGCCAUCGGAGCGCCGCACCCCACCGAACAGUAACACAGAGGACAUCAAGGCCAGUCCCUCCUCAGCUGGAAAACGCAAGACCAAACCAGCCUCGGACAUGGAACCCAAUUCCAGCUCAGAGGACACCAAAGGCAACAAACGUAUGCGGACAAACUCCAACAGCGGAGGGGUGGGACCAACAGGUCUCCCUAUCCCUUCUAUUAAGACUGAGCCACUUCCACCUCCCCUUGAUCGCAGCUGCCCCUCUCCAGUUCUAAUUGACUGCCCACACCCCAACUGCAACAAGAAGUACAAGCACAUCAAUGGUCUCAAGUACCACCAAGCCCGUGCCCACAAUGAUGACGACAUAAAGUUGGAACUGGAUGGAGACAGUGAAUAUGGAGAAGACUCUACUCUCCACCCUGAUCCAGGGAACUGUAAUGGAGCCUCUAUCUCUCAGAAAGGAUGCUUGUCUCCUGCACGGUCAGUUACUCCAAAAGGCAGAAACUUUGACGCUCAGAGUCCUUCCCCGUCUUCUGGCAAGUUUGGUUCGAAGCAGAGUAAAAAGAAAAUGGCCGAAACGGAUGCAGAAACAGGGGGUACACCGAUGGAUGGUUGUGAGGAUGGGCCUUGCCUCACUGAUGAAGCCAGUAAUGAUGGUAUAGAUGACAAACGAGGAUCAGAUAAGUCUAAAAAGGGUAGCGCUGGCACAAAAGCUGAUAAAAUGGCCCAGAAAAACUUGAAGUCACCACGACCCAUGGGUCCUGGCCCUCCAGCAUCCCAGCAGAUGUACUCUUUUCCACCUGGAAACCCAAAUUCUUCCCCAGGGCUUACCCCAAUAAUACAAGGAAUCCCCAAGAGUCCUCAAAUGAAAGGCACACAGCCGAAACCCCCUGCCAUUGGAGAUCCUGCCCCAAGUAGCUCCAAAGACAAGAAGAAGAAGGACAAAAAGAAAAAGGAUGGUGGAAAGGAAGCUGACAGUCCCAAGCCUCCAGGGAAAGGAGGGAAACUGGAAGAAGGAAAGCUUCCAUAUGCUGAACCUUGUGAUCAAGGGAAUAAGGGGGAAGGGCUUCUCAAUGGUUCCUCAGAUCCUCAUCAGAGUCGCUUGGCCAGUAUCAAGGCUGAGGCUGACAAGAUUUACAGCUUCUCUGACAACGCCCCAAGUCCAUCCAUCGGUGUAGCCAGUCGGAUAGAUGGUAGCGGGAUGCCACAGCCCCUCACACCACUUCACGUAGUGAACCAGAAUGGAGCUGACAACUCUUCAGUCAAAACCAAUAGCCCAGCUUACUCAGAUAUUUCAGAUGCUGGUGAGGAUGGUGAAGGAAAACUAGAAGGUGUCAAAGUCAGGACAGAGGACCAAGCCAUCAGGGAAAGUGUCAAAAAAGCGCUCUUUCCAAACCAGACACCCAACAAAGAUUCCCCGUACUAUGCCGGUUAUGAGACAUAUUACUCGCCCAAUUAUGUCAACCCCAGUCCCGGUGGGCCCAAUCCAGGCACGCCAGUGGCUGAAGGUCAGGUUAAGAUCAAAAGGGAUGAUGAGCAGGACCACAGUGAGGAAAAAGUCAAGGUUGAGGUUCAUGAAGACCGCAAACCUGACAGCAGUGCUCCUGGCCAGCAGCAGCAACAGCAACAGCAACAGCAGCAGCAGCAGCAGCAGCAGCAGCAGCAACAGCAGCAGCAACAACAGCAGCAACAGCAGCAGCAGCAGCAACAACAGCAGCAACCCUCUGUCAUCCAACAGAGAUCAAACAUGUACAUGCAGCCUCUUUACUACAACCAGUAUGCCUAUGUCCCUCCAUAUGCAUACCAUCCUGAUCAAACCUACCAUAACCACUUGAUGAACACCAACGCAACCUACCGGCAACAGUACGAGGAGCGGCAGCGGCAGAUGGCCGAACAGCAUCGUGCUGCUGAAAAGAAGUCAGACGUAGCCAUGAAAGAGCGAGAAGCCUCCAUGAAGGAGGAGUGGAAACAAAAGAGCCCAAUGCCACCAAGCCUCUCCAAAGCCCCGAGUCAGUCAGACCUUGGAAAGGCGCCGCAGCCCCCAAGCAAAUCCAGGGACUCGCCCUCUGAACCCUCCUCCAAAUCCAUGGGAAGCAUUAAGGUGGAGGAUCCAAAGUCCCAGCAAGCUGAGGGGCUAAAGAUGAAGCUGACUGAAGGGGGUCACCAUGGAAAGGAGGACUCCAAGCAAGCACUGGAGUCCAGAGGCCAGGCAGGGAUGGAGCAAGCCAUGUGGUACAGACAGCAGUACCCCGAGAGCCAGAAGCCCCAAGCAGAAGAUGAACACCAGCAACAACAACCUCGAUGGAAAGAUGAAAGGGACAGAGAGCGGGAACGAGAUCGUAAAUUAAAGGAUGAAAGGCCCCGGCCCAAGGACAGUCAAAUUGGGCCCAAGGAGGACGUCAAAGAGGGCAGUGAUCCCAGAAUCACUUCUGAAGACCAUCGGGCUCUGAGCAAAGACUCUCGUUCUAAUCCCCACAUGCAGUUCUCAUCACCACUAGCACAGCACCAAGGCUACAUGCCCUACAUGCAUGGUUACCCCUAUGGACAAGGCUAUGACCCCAGCCACCCUGGAUACAGGGGAAUGCCUUCAGUCAUGAUGCAGAAUUACCCAGGUUCUUAUCUACCCGGAGGUUAUCCGUUUUCUCCAUAUGGGAGUAAAAUAGCCGGAGGUGAGGAAGGCAGCGACAAAUCUCGCGCUAGCCCCACUGUCACCAAAACAGCGACGGACUCCAAAGCUCUGGAUAUCCUGCAUCAGCACGCCAGCCAGUACAAGAGCAAAUCCCCGACCGUAGGCGACAAGCCGCCCCACGACAGGGAGAGGGAGCAGGACCGAGGGGCCGCCGGAGACAGAGAUCGGGAACGGGAGCGCGAACGGGAACGAGAGCGAGACGUGGACCGACCGCGCUCCUCGCCGUCCCAGCGCAUCAUGCCCUCCCACCACCACCUGGGAUACCCCCUGCUCUCAGGGCAAUACGACCUGUCCUACGCCACAGGGAAACCCGACCGUCACACCUCAACCCUGCAAAGAUUCAUGUGACCGGCUCACAUGAGAACAAGAUCUCCCGGGUGAUACCUUUUAGACAUCAGUUGAAUGGUGUUUCUACCUAUAUUUUUUAGUUUCUUCUGCCCCAAGGCUAGGCAGAGUGUUGUUGUUUUUUUUGUUGUUGUUUUUUUUUUGUUUUUUUUUUUCCCCUCCCCUCGUAAAAGAAUCCUCCAAACCUUGGACUGUAACAGGACUGAGAAUAACCCAGGUUCAAAGCCAUCGCUCUGCCCCGUCACGCAGAGGAAACACCGACCCGCUGAUUAUCUAGUCUUUGCACUGUCAACAAAUACAAUGCAAAAAGAGACUAUUGGACUGCCAGAACAGCUUUUCUUGUUGUUUGUUUUUUUUUUUUUUUCUCUCUGACUGCAUUGUUUUUAGUUUUUUUUUUUGUCACACGCAGAAAAGAAAGAGAUUGGCAGGGGAUGUCGGGAAGAUGGGCGGCUGAUGGGUAAAGAGGAGUCAAACUAAAUUAAAAGACGGACACACGACAAAGUGAAUCACACGGAGAUGAUUUUAACUCGUUUGGCUUCUCGUACGCCAUGAAACAACAGUAUAUCCUUAACUUGACAAACGUUUGGCUAUAUGUCGUCGGGGGGAGGGGGGGAGAGGGAAUAUGGCAACAGCUGCUUUCUUCAGAGACUUAUGAGCCUGAGACUGAAGUUUUGUUUUUUUUUUUCAAAUUUUCCAUCGUCAUUUAUUCCCAUCCUCUUUGAACCCUCAGUUCUCGUUUCAGGGAUGAUGUCGUCAUGUUUUUUUUUUUUUUGCGAAGGGACCGCGUACACCUCAACGGAGAAUAAACACUAUUCAUGUUUUCUUUUUUUUCUCGAUAAUACUUUAGCUCUACUCCAUAUCAUUGUGUUCAUCUUUGAAUGUGUCUGAUGCUGGUAUUGGUCCUGUUUUUUUUUUCCUUCCUCGCUAUGAAAGGGGUCACGUCUGUCUUUUUACACUCACUCAAACGCGGUGAAGCCACGUUAGCAAGCGGCGAGUUCGCGGGGCAUUGUCAUCGCCGCAUCGGGCCACUCUGUGCGGGUGUUUUUUUACUGUAAGAUUGUGCUUCUUCUCAGCUUGUCAAGUUUGAUUGUUUCCUGUAAACAAUGUGAAAUUUCACUCAUGUAAUUUUUCUGCUGUAAUAUAGACUUUUAUCCUACUUUUUAUGUGCAUAAAUGUUUAUAUUUAUCCCAGCACGCAACUGUUUAAACAAAAAAAAAAAAGAAGAAAAAAAAAAAAAGAGAAAAAACCUGUUAAAUAGCUUUCAGCCUUCACAGCAUUUUACCAUAAUGUGCUCAGAUCUGUUGCUGCAGAGUCUCGUGUGCUUCUUCUUCUUCUACUUCUUCUUCUUCUUCGCCACCUCACAUGUUUCGCUUGUCUUGCUGCAGAUUUGUUUCCUUCACCACCAGCUUUGUUCCAUUCAUCCCAACAUGCAGUGUGCAGUUAGUCAGGUUAAGCCAAAACAAAAAUCCAUCUGUUGUUGUUUUUUCUUUUUACUUUAGGCUGAUGUGCAUAGGUUUCUCUUGGUGCUUUGCUUGCUAACGUGGCUUCACCAUAACACACGUUCACCUCAGACAGUUGUUUUUUUUCCAAACCAGCGGCUAGCUUUAGAUCAGGCCCUACAAAUGGGCCAAUGAGACCUCGGACGCCAGUGUUUGUUUGUUCGCCUGUGCAGUGAGGUCCGCUUACCGGCACGUUAGGUAUAAGUGCAUGAGACGACCCCGCCUCCAAAAAAAAAAAACAGAUUUCCCAAUCAGAUGCUGACAGUCGCAAUGGAACGGAGCCAGUAGAAACGGAGCAACAUCGAGCGAAGUGAAACGUUGAUCGAAGCUGGAAGCCACGCCGCCGCUCUCGGCCUCCCUCUCUGUGAAUUUUUUUUGAAUCGACACACAAAGCCACCGUCAACACGCCGUACCAGAGCUCCCUCCUGGCUUUAAAUUACAGUUCCCUUAUACCUCAGGGGUUGUAAAGGUGAAACUCUAUCCACUGAUUUGGUUCCUGUUUCUGGGUGUGAGAGGGGGGGAAACAACAAGCACAUUCUCUGCUCUGGGCUGGAUGUGCUGCUGCAGGAGGUUUAAUGUCACGCUGUCGUGGGUUGUGACCAGUCUUAAUGUUCCUCUGAAACCAUUAUAAUGAGAGUAGAAUAUUGACCAUGCUGUCAUUAAAUUUAAUUUUAUUGAU